CUUCCAAAGAUAACAAAUAGAUUAUAGCAACAUAUCCGGCCACGUUAAAAUAGCUUGUUUCACGUAAAAUUCAGUGGCCGGGAGUGAUCGCCAAUUUCGGAGGGAUUAAUUAAUCGCGAACAGGCAGAAGUACCGAAACGUCGGAUAAAGUUGUUGCAGGCGUUAAUGUGUCUUUGACUCGUGUUCAGUACCCCAAAAAAUCCACAUAAAAGCCACACAAUGGACUAUUGGACGACGUGGCUACUUGUUGUCUCCCUUCUGUCAUCAUUACUAUUUGUCGGGGGUGUGGAAUUAACCUUCGAAUUGCCGGACAACGCGAAGGAGUGUUUUUACCAGGCGAUCGACAAAAAUCAGUCAGCUACGUUGGAGUUCCAGGUCGUCACUGGAGGACAGUAUGACAUUGACGUAACGCUUGAAGCUCCUAAUAAAGAAAUAAUUUAUCGUCAAGUGAAAACGCAAUUUGACUCUCACACAUUCGUGGCAUCAAUGAGUGGCGAGUACAAAGCCUGUUUUAGCAAUGAAUUUUCAACCUUUUCGCAUAAAUUAGUGUAUAUGGAUUUCCAAGUUGGUGAUGAGGAUUCGCUGCCUGGAUUGGAAGAGCAUGUUACUGUCAUGACGCAGAUGGAGACAUACGCUCAGGAUAUCCAUAAGAAUUUAAUACGCACAGUGGACUAUCAGACGUCCCACAGAUUGCGUGAAGCUCAGGGUCGCAAGCGCGCAGAGGACCUCAACGAACGUGUCUUAUGGUGGUCGAUAAUGGAAACAGCUGCCAUCCUCAUCACAACUAUCGGCCAAGUCCUGGUACUGAAGAAUUUCUUCACUGAUCACAAACCGUAUCAGAGACUCUGAAACCAAAACGAAGUACAAUCUCAUAAAUAAAACAAUUAUUGUAUUUUUUUUGCGUGAAAGUGGCAGGGAUACACCCCAAAUCUCUCAGGAUGCAGGCAAUGAUCAACAACGUUUUUCACUGCCAACUUAUGUUUUCUUGAUGCCAGUUUCAAGGGGUCUCAGAAUGUUGUUAUUUAUUUCGAAUGAUCAGUGUGUUGAUUUCUUUCAUUUUCAGACCGUGUAAUACACUUUAUUUUCUUCCACUUGUAAUUUCAUUAAUGUAAACUGGAGAUACUAGUAAUAAAAGUGACACGUGUGAAAAAAUUCGAUAGAAAAACUCUUGUCUAGCUCUUUCAACAAGAAAUUCUAUUGAAAUGCUAUUAGAAUUUUUUAAAUUAUUCGUUUUUCUGCACCAGUUCCACUAAAAAAAUGCAACUAGUUUUUGAUAGGAAACAGUCUAGAUAUUGACUGUUCUGUACAACUUAAUUCAUUUUAAUUUUUUCUCUAAACAGAGAAGAAUGAGAAUCUAUUGACUUUUCUAUUAAAUAGAAUUGGGGAAAAUGACUAAUAGAAUUAUUUAAUAGAAUUUUGAUAGAAAUUUAAUAGAAUAGUCUAUGCAAUUUUUUCAUACGUGGAUUCAGUAGCAAAG